UGUUGGUUGGAAUUGUACAGGGUGUAAAGUCAAUAGUUCAAGCGCUGAAAUGUUUAAAAUCGCCGCAACAUUGAUCUUGUUGGGACUGGUUUUUGGCAGUGCUCUGCCCCAGGAUCGUCUUCGCUCGAGAGGAAAUCAAGUGGGUGAUGUGAGGUCCCGGGGUUCCGAACGACAAGUACCCCGAGCCCGAGGGGAUCAGAACGCUUUUGGCGGUGGACAAGGUCAACAAAACGGCGCUCGUGGAUGGCGAGCGGAAGAGGACCAGGGUCGUCAGGAACUGGAAGAGCAGAACCAAGGUGAGCUUCCGGAAGAAGAAGAAGCGGAACAAAAUGGCGAAGGGGGUGAGCAGAACGCAAGUGACGAUCAGAAUGAGCAAGGGGUGGAAGAAAAUGGACAACGCGAGCAACAAGAUGAGCAAGGGGAUGAAUCUUCGGGAAAUGAGCAAAGUAUGGCCAAUUAUGAGUAUGCAUACGGUGUUGCCGAUCCACAAAGUGGUGACUAUAAGGAUCAAUGGGAGAAACGAGUUGGUAACCGUGUGAAGGGCUUCUAUUCAUUCGAGCAGUCUGAUGGCAAAACACGUUUGGUUGAAUACGAGGUUGACGGCAAAAAGGGUUUUGAGGCAAUUGUCACCGAAAUAAAACAGGAUGAGGGUAAAAAAGAAGAACAAUCUGAGGGAGAUGGUAACGACAACAUCAAUGAAAUUGGCUACAGCUAUACCAAGGUAAAAUUGUACAAUGAUAAUUCUAUGAAAAAUUGAGUAUAUUUUUCACUCUCUAUCGUAUAUCAACCUACUGGCUGAGCUAGCCUUACAUAAAUAAAUAAAGUAUAUAUCUCAUUGUUUGACGUUGCGUCAUCAGCCGAAACCUUAUGAUGCGU